AGGCUAUGGGGUUCCGAUUGAGUUGUUUGCGCCGUUCACAGACUCGUGCGUCAUUGUCAUGAAGCGCCUGAUCUCUGACGUUGCCAAAGAUGAGACAGUGAAGCGAAGCCUCAAAGUUGACGCCGCUACAACCAAAGCGCAGGGUUUGCAGGAGACGGACGCUAGCGAUUUGAUGCUGGAAGGUUUCCGCUGGUCGAUUGGCCUAGUGUCACGUGUAUUGAUGCGAACCAUUACAGAAGGAUCUACCGCUGUCAUGCAGUCCAUCAACCAGGAUGAUGCGAACCUGCUCAAAAAAUCACUGGGGGAAGCUCCGCGAGGUGAGCGCAGCAACCUGCUUUUGCGAGUAACUGUUGGCAGCCAAUGCAUUUCACCUUUGUAUUGGGCUCUCAGGAGCGGCGCCCACACAGCUGCCAAGACGAUGAUCGAAGAUAUUCUCACAAUCCGAGCCGACAGGGACCGCUACUACUAUGGCGUUGACGACAUUUUCAGGCUCCAGCCUAAUGUUGUUGAAGACAUUCUGCUCGAAGCACCACUGCUGGCAAAGACAUUGUUGGAUGGGCUGAUUUGGCGCUCUCACAAGACCAAGGAUGGCAUGCGGCCAGUGAUUUACUACUUGGAGCAUUUGGUGAGGGACAUUGAUGAGACCAAGACAUUCUCAAGGGCCUUGAUCAGCUUUGUCAAGUACAAUAAUCCAAAAACCAUCAUGCAUCCCAUUCUGGUCUUCGUCUUGGAAGUGCUAUGGAAGCACCUUGCGAGAAGGUCCUUCUUCCUGGACCGUGUCUGGACAAUCGUCAGCUUUGUGGUUUUUCUCCUGGCCACUUGUUUCCUGAGUCAACCCUCGCUAGUUGGAAACCCGACGGCUGAGACGUGCCUGGCUGUCGCUCGCAUUUUGGUCUACUCGUUGGGCUUCAUGCGGCUUCUCUACUGGCACAUAGUGGAGAUCUUCAGGGCUUACAGAGCUAAGGACACUGAGAAACUCUUUGCCUUCAAAGUUCCCCGGUAUUUGAUGGGCGGUCCGGAGCUCUUCAGCUUCAUUCUCGUGAUCGAUAUGGUCGCCAUGAUGUGGGUCGAGCCAUUGUUCCACUGCCUUGGGGCUGAGGCCAAAAUCGCCUUCACCUGCGAUACUUGGAAUGAUGAAAUGAGUUUGGCUUAUGAAUUGCUGGUUGUAUUGGGUAUCUACUUGUAUGCCAUCAUCGUAGCAGACGUUGCCAACAUGUCUAUCGAGUUGUGCGAGUUCAAAGUCUUGUGCACGCAUGCGCUUAAGCAGGUGGCGCUCUGCAUCGGAGCGGUCACUUGCAUUUCCAUCAUCUUCGCCGUUGCAAUCUCCAGCAUGACGCGGGAGGCCACACUGUUGUCAAACAGCGAGUUCACUGAAAUGGGACGCACAAUGACUUCCUUGGUGCAGUUAGCUGUGGGUAUCAUGGAUUUGGAGAAAGUCAGCAGCAUUUCGGGAGAAAGUCCUUAUCUUCUCGGUGUCCUUGUGGCCUACAUGCUCGUUGUCUACAGUUUCUUCUUCAAUCUCCUGGUGUCGCAAUUCUGCGGUGUCCACGCUGCCUUGGCAGAAGACAUCCUAGGACAUGCGAUGCUUGCGAGGGGAGACGUCAUUUUGGACACGCUGAAGGCUAUCCCAAUGAAACGGUGGAAUGCCUUUUUGAAGUCGCUGGCUUUGGACCAAAAGGUGGAUUUUGAAGAAGGUGACAUUGGCCUUGCAGGAGGUGUCAAAGCCUGGGAACCAUCAUUGGCACAUCCCACUACCCAGGACCAGAUUUUCCGUGCUGGAGGUGACACGGACCCAUCCCUUCCUUGGCCAAUACACCGCAGUUCCAGCGAUGAGAGCAGCAUGGAAAAGAUGGUCGCGAAGACGUCACCUAGCUGCACAGCUCACUGGAGUUGCUUCCGUCAGCGGAAGUUGCAAAAUUUCAAAAACUUACAGGAUCUUGUAGGGCCAAAAUAG